AAUCCUUGCCUGAAACCAUAGACGUAUUUGGUUCGGAAAAAUGUGGAAGAGUAUUGUAAGCGUGGAUAACGCUGCAAUUACUCUACGGGGUAGAGGAUACAUAGGAUCAAAGCGCGUUGGUCGACCUGCUUUUGCUAAAACUGAUUCAACAAUCAUACAUAAAGAUGUAUGUGGAAUUAGCAUUGUCGGAGCUAAUGAAAUUCAGAAUGAAAAGCAGUAUUUGGAUGAUCACUGUGCAAAAGACGUUCGUGUAGACGCUGACACCGUUGGAACACUGUCUGGCAUAGAAUCAGACAAUAACCCAUAUAAGGAUGGAUGCCGUAGUGUCUUUGGCGCGAAUAUGUAUUUCAAUAUGCCAUGGAAUACGUGCUUGAGGACAUCGGCACAUUACCCCUUUUCAAUGUUAACAUGGAUACCUUCAUCUGUCUGCGGUUUUACGCGAAUGAAUUCUACGAAUGUUACUGGUAUGAGCACAUCAAAUAACCGUCUUGGCGUUAUGUUCAUUCAGAAUAAUUCUAACAUCAGGCAUUGGAUUGCUAAUCCUCAUCGCAGCUUUAUGCAUGGUACAGAACCAAUACACCAACGUAAUAGAUCUUCGAUUGGUUUUAAUUUUAAUGGACGGUGCUUUGGGUCUCUGAAGGAUGGUAAUCCUGGUCGUUAUGGCUACGGUAAAGACACGGGCGUGGCCCAUGUUAAAAAGGGUUGGACAAAGACCAAGAGUAUUGUUAACAUCUCUUUCAGACUGAUUAGAUGGGCUGUAGUAAUGCCUUUUAGGUUUGGUAAGUGGACACUCAAUGUAGUUUCUUGGCUUUUUAAAGCCAUAGGCCACAUCGUAAGUGUAUGUGGCAGAGCAGUCGUUGUGGCAAGGGUAGGGGGUGUAUCGGGUAUAGUCAAAAGUAUUGUGGAUGGUAUAAAACACACGAUUCAUUGGUGUAAAACGGGCUUCAGGCUCUACUUUGCCAAUGUGAAGGUAUCGUAUUACAUUUUGCUCAAAAGGCUGAAAGGACAUCCUAUGAAAUACAAUGAACGUAAACUGCUGAUGAACACUUUGAAUGACGCUCUAAAGUUGGUUCCAUUCUCUUUCUUUUUAAUAGUCCCGUUUGCUGAAUUAUUGCUGCCAGUGGCUAUAAGAUUGUUCCCUCAAAUGCUUCCUUCUACUUUCAGGACUGACAAUUCCAAGAGCGAUGAUUACCUCCAGAAAAAACUAUUGGCCAAGAAAGAGCUGGCGCAAUUCUUUCAGGAGCUGGUACAAGAACGUACCAAUCAACUUCUGCAGGAUGAGUUGGACUCUAGCUUAAAGACGAAGAUGGAAGCUUUGAAAGACUUCCAGGAGCGCAUUUUGAACAAGAAUGACAAAGAUGUGAAUCCAUUCCUCAGCUCAAAUGAACUGCUCGUUUUUGCCAAGAUAUUCAAGAAAGAAUUCAAAUUGGACCAGAUGAACCUGGAAACAUUGAAGGUUAUGUGUAAACUAUUGGGUAUAACUCCAUUCAGUAUGAGGUCGCAUGUGGUACUUCAGCUUAGGCAUCAUUUGUUGAAGAUACAACGAGAGGAUAGGCUUAUUAUGUGGGAGGGAGUCGACAGUCUGACAACAGAAGAGUUGCAAGAAGCUUGUAGAGAUCGUGCCAUGAAAUUCUAUAACAUCAGUAAGGAUCAACUGAAGCAACAGCUGCAACAGUGGUUGGAUCUAUCCAGCAUGCCUGAAAUAUCUCCUAUAUUGUUACUAUGGAGCAGGUGUAUCACUAUGACCCAUGAGCCUAUGGCAAUAGAGGCUGAUGACGAGACUGCAGCUCAAGAUGGCACUUUUGUACAGCCAGGAGUUGAUGAUAAAGAUGCAGCAAGCGCCGCUUAUGAAUGUACCAAGGUAGGUGAGAAGUUCGCUGAAGAGGUAACUACGGCACAAAAGGCUUGCUCAACUGGCAUGAUGAAGGCAAUGACAGAUGCAGCCGAAGUGGAUGCACAGAAACUUGUAUAUAAUGAAGAAAGACUGGCGGAGCUGUCUCAAAAGGCUAAAGAACUUAAGGACAUAAUAAAGGGCAAUGUUAAACCACCAUCGGAGGAAGAGAUCACAGUAGACAGUGAAUUAGAUGAUAUCAGGUCCAUCGAAAUGAUGGAGAAAGAGGAUGCUGAAGAUUUGGUGCUUAAUUUCGAACAUGAUGACCACGUUAUUCGUCAUACAAAGGAAAUAAGCCAGAUGGCGCCUCUGUCGAAGAAGGAAAUAUUAAUGAGGCAUGAAGAACUAUUAUCAGCAUUGCAUCUGCAAAGUCAAAUCAGUGACCUUCAGCAUAGUCAGCUCACAGAAAUGUUCACUUUCCUCCUUAAAUUGUCGGAGGAUCCGAAAUCCAUGGCCGAGGAGGAAUUCGCUCAGUCCGUAGACGAAUUAGUGGCUUCAACACGUUCUGAAAUGGAGAAGAUUGAAGAGCUAACAUCACAAUUUGAUAGACACAAGCUUUCUGACGAAGAAACUCCUCACACUUCAAAAGAAAGUUAAACUAUGAUUUAAUAUCGCUACUUGGUACUA